AAUCCCUCAUGUUGGCGGCUGUUGUGUUGACACUUCUACAAUGUGUGCACGGUGACAAACAGGCACUCAACAUCAAGGAAGGAAGUUGAAGAGAAAAUUUAAAGCUAGCCCCUCGUCAGAGUCAAGAACAACCGAUUAGUUUUGAUAGUUGAUUGGAUCCUUGUGUGUAAGGGGGACGGUGCUGGAGUUCUUCUGACCGUCAGGGAAGUUUUACGGCCAUACUACAGUGCUGAAAUAUGGGGAACAUGUCCAGGAAUCGCGUGAUUCUAAUCUCGGUAGUUGUCGGGGUGCUGGGGAUCGUUGUCGGCGUGCUGAUCGGGUACUUCUCCCGAGGAUCGGCUCCGUCCACCGGGGAGUUCGCCGACUUCCUCUCGGAGGGGGACGCGUGGGUCGCCGAGGCGCUGAGGGACGAGAUCAGCGCUGAAAACAUCGAGGAAAACUUACGGUACCUGACGUCAGGACCUCAUCUCGCGGGCACGCCCGAGAGCAAGGCGUACGCUGAUUGGGUGGUGCAGAAAUGGCGGGAACAGGGCUUGGACGACGCUUACGUCACCAACUACAACAUCCUACUGUCCUACCCGGACAGGGACAGUCCCAGCUACAUAGCACUGCUAGAUGAAAACGACAGGGAGCGGUUCCGGACGGCCGUGUUUGAAGAAGCGGUUGACGCGGAGACGGAGCAGUGGCUGUCGUCCAUCGUGCAGCCCUUCAACGCCUACUCCGCGCCCGGCACUGUGCAGGGAGAUGUGGUGUACGUGAACUACGCACGCGUGGAGGACUACGAGCGCCUGCGGGACCAGCUGGGCAUUGACGUCACGGGGAAGGUCGUCAUCGCGCGCUACGGGAAGAUAUUCCGCGGAGAAAAGGCGAAAUACUCGCAGGAGUUCGGCGCCGCCGGCCUGAUCCUGUACACGGACCCGGAGGACACGGUGGGGAGCGGCGGGGAGGCGGACAUGUAG